GCUGUUUGUAGCAGCCAUCAUAUUACCCAACACAAGCCCAACCUAAAAAAGGAGAGAAGCCGAGGGGACGAGGCGGAGAGCCAUGGCUUUGCACAGGAAUACCGUUUGAAAGACGCUCCGUUCAUGUUCAGCUAGCCCGUGUAGCCUACGCGACCUGCAGGUGAGACUGCAUGUGGGCUGAACUAGCAACUGCUUUGACCCGGUUUCCUGGCAACUUCUGACCCAGAAACAAAAGCCUGAGCUGACUGGUUGGUGGAAGGGCUGAGGUGAAGGAUCAGAACCUUGGCCGUUCCUUGUUUGGCCAUUCCUCACUGCGUUUUUGUGGAGGGGGUGGAAAGCGAGGUGUCGUCCGAAGCGUCCAUAGCAUGGGGCAGAAGGUUCCGGGAGGCAUAAAGACGGUGGACAUGCGGGACCCUGCGUUUCGGCCCCUCAAGCUGGAGCUGCAGGCCCUGGACUACACCAAGCCCUCCCGGCUGGACAUGCUGCUGGACAUGCCCCCCGCCUCGGCCGACGUGCAGGUGCAACACUCGUGGAACAACGACGACCGCUCACUAAACAUUUUUGUCAAAGAGGACAAUAAGCUGAUCUUCCACAGACACCCUGUAGCACAGAGUACGGAUGCCAUCCGGGGCCGCGUGGGCUACACGCGGGGACUGCACGUGUGGGAGAUCAGCUGGGCUAUGCGGCAGCGCGGCACACAUGCCGUGGUCGGUGUGGCGACAGGGGAGGCGCCGUUGCACUCUGUAGGAUACACUGCUCUGGUAGGAAAUAACAACGAGUCCUGGGGCUGGGACCUGGGACGCAAUAAACUCUAUCACGACGGCAAGAAUCAGCCCAGUAGAACGUAUCCUGCCUUCCUGGAGCCGGACGAGACGUUUAUCGUUCCCGACUCAUUUCUGGUGGUCCUGGACAUGGACGAGGGGACUCUAAGCUUCAUAGUGGAUGGACAGUAUCUGGGGGUGGCUUUCCGGGGACUGAAAGGCAGGAAGCUGUACCCUGUAGUAAGUGCGGUGUGGGGACAUUGUGAAAUCAGAAUCCGGUACAUCAAUGGACUCGAUCCUGAGCCGCUGCCUCUGAUGGACCUGUGCAGACGCUCAGUGAGAGUAGCGUUGGGCCGGGAGCGACUAAGUGAAAUUCAUGGACUUCCCUUACCCGCCUCCCUCAAGAACUACCUGCUCUACCAAUGAUGAUAGGAGUGCCUUUUCAGCAGUGCAAGGCAAAGCGCUCGUUCUCUCUGGGAUAACUUUCUUUUUUCCUGACAAACCUGUUUUCUUAACUGCUUUUCUCCUCGCUUCGGAUUUUGGUACAAGACUUGUUGCUAAAACGUUUUUACGAGUCACGCCAAGGACGCCUCUAUCUCACGUUUGAAGUGUUUACGGUCACAUUUUGGCGUCUGUCUGGUUACUUUUUAAAACCCUCAUUUUGUGGCUUGCUUCAGUCAUAUACUGGAAACACAAUGGGAGACGUACAGAACCUUGUGGCAUGAGCUGGCCCAGAAAAGAACAUGUCUGUCUGUAUGGUUGGAUGGAGAUAUGCAGUGAGUUUGGAACCUCAGCUGUUUGCCAUGGCUGCCUGUAGUUUCCCCUGUUCACCAUUCUUUAGUCUUUUUAACUUGAACUACAUGGUGACACAUUCGCCAGGUUUACCUUUUCAAUGCUGGAUGUGGAAACAGGUUGUCGCGGAGUUUAUUAUGGGUAUAAUUGGUGGCAGCUUGUCACCUUCAGUCUUGUAUUAAACUUUGCUUUAAUGAAUGCAGAGUCCCUGGGUAUGAAUUAUGGAUCUUUUUUAAGUUAAGUUUUUAAUCUCCUGCACAUUCUUUCCCUCUUAGAAUUUGUAGGAUAUAUAGAGUAAAAUGCGAGGUUUAAGACAGAGAGCUUUUUUAGCAGGAUGCAAAUAUAAGUUGACUCAUGAAGCAGACUGGGUGCGUGGCGAUGGCUUUCCCCCCCUUGCUCUUGGCAGGUUAAAUAUAGCUUGGUGUUAGCUCACUGCAGGCCUGGCCGUCUGGCCUGGGGAAACAGGCUCUGACCUCAGUGUCUAUAACGGGGUUGAGAAACUAGCACACACGGCAUUAGGAACCACAGCUAGCGUGGCCUGCCUUCAUCACUCCUAAAGACAGCAGGUCCUCUUCUAACUUAACACUGUAAUAUCUGAAGUGCCUGCUCAUGUGAAAAUGGUGCAUUGUUUAGACAGAGCCACUAUUUUAAAUGAGUUGAACGAUGGUAUCACUGUGAAACUGUGUAGCAUUCAUGAAUGAUACUCAUCGCAGCAGGCUGUCUUGGCUGUUGGUCUUUUUUUUAUAAUUUCCCUCUGAUUCAGUUUCUGUGUAACUUUAUUGUCCAACAUCGGCUUUUGUUUUGUCUUUUGUUUUUUUUAUUUUUUUUUAUUUUUUUUUCCCCAUUUUUUGAUCAAUGCUGUUUUCAACCUGUUCAUGUCGAGGUAAUAUUGGGGAGGAGGGGCCGUGGCGUGAAGUGCGAAUGCGGUGACACUACUGUACUGUGCCUUGUCUAUGAACCAGCCAUUGAAUGACGCCUCUGGUGUCGAUGGGCAAAAGUGAUUUUUAUACCAAUCAGGAAACGUUCAAGUUUCUUCCCGCAGCCCAUUCUGAGACUUAGUGCAGAGAAGGUAACAUUGCUUAGGUGGUGUUUUGUGUUUUCCAGAGACUUAUUUUCUCCCUCAUAAGUCUUUUUAGAUGUGCAAAUGUAGUUCUUGUUUGGCAUCCAUUUAGCUGGGCCAUGUUCAGCUUUCUGUUCUUGUAUCCUUCCUGCCUGCAGACCAUCAUCCUCUUUGUAUUCAGUGAUGUAGAUAAUAUUGAUAACUAUCUAAUAAAGUUUAUUAUAAAUGAA